AAAGAGCAGCGUGGAGUCUGACUGCCUUCCUCUGAAGCCUCGGGGGCCAGGCCCUUUGCCGCUGAAACGUCAUGUCUCCUCCCAUCUCAUGGUUAUUCAUGAGCUAACUCGCCAGCGUGACUUUACGUGGUGACGACACGCGACAACUGCGGGUCCCGAUUGCAGCAGCCGCUUGUCAUUGUGACGAAGAUUGGCACUAAGGUAAGCUGUCACUCAAAAUCUUCUUUUUCCGUUCCCUAUCAAUCAAGCAAUCUGAGCCAUACACAAAAAUGCCGUAGGCGAGCAGGCACAUGGGAUCUGGAUAUGCGUUGUGCGUCUGAAGGCGUAGUGAAAUAAUGAUGUGCGGGACGGACGGCCUUUAGCGUAAGGCGAUUUUCUGGGAAACGAAGGAUGAGGACCAGGAGCAAGGCCCCGUUUUUUAAUCAUCUUUUGUAGAAGUGCGAAUGGCGCUAGUGGCGGGGAGGGAGAGGCAGCUGUCCCGAGAUUGAUUGAUAGACGGCAGUGGGCAGGUUUUUAUUACAAUUAAAGGGACAGGACUAGAUUUUCCAAAGGACGAAUAAAUAAUCACUUUAUAUUUUUGUCGGAAAUAUGACAAUCGGUAGCUGUAACCGCUCAUGUGUGCGGAGGCCAACAGAAUCUCCAGUGUAAACAAACAUUCACCUCCAUUUCAGACUGUUUCCUGCUACAGCGACGGCAGCUAGCAUUAGCCACGGUCGUGUUGUGUGUAUGGGGGGAACAUGGCGGCUACAUGAGUUCGACCAUUCUAAAAGAGAUUCUUAAUUCCACAAUCUAAAAUGGGCUACAUUUGUUUCCAGACCGCCGUCUCGUGUGUUUUAUUCUCUGCACCAAGGCGAGAAUUGUACCCUAAACAACUGUACGGGUUCGUUUCCUCACACAAACAUGAUCAGAAAAGUUUCAGUUGUGCCGAUGUUGGUGUUGAGCAUUUUGAGAUGUUUAAGGGCGUGAAUGCAUGCACUCCCCGUUGUGUGCGAGUUCGCAGCAGUCAACACAAGCGGAAAACGGCGUGUGGCCGCCCGAUACAAAAUAGAUGGUCAGCUAACUUUAUGCAGCCACCGGAGCACGAGGCAGAAAAUGGGCAAUUUCCGGUCAAACGAUUCAAACCCAUAAAACCCCACACUCUGCUUUCUGUCUGCAUUUAACGUCUCAAAACCACUUAAAAUACAAGGGUGAGAUGUCCCGGCGAACACAUUGCAACAAGGCGGCAAAGUUGGUGACCUUUAUCGCUUCCCAUAAUAACCCCCCUGUAUUAAAUGCCCUUCUAUAAAUACUCGUGCAAUGCGAUAUGAUAAUGUGAUGGCUCAAGCAAGGGGUGUUAAAAUUACACUGAGAAAAAUAAAGCGAGUCUGCAUCAUAAUGUGUGUACUGUUGUCGUGUAUGUCUGCUCUGCAGGACCGCUGCUGCUGGCCGGAUCCUCUAUGAUGAUAAAAUACUGUGGACAUAAACAUUAAUAAUGAUGGCUUCCCAGUCCAUGCCUGUAGAGGAGUAUCAGCAGGAGGCUGAGCAGAUUGUCGCGGGCCAGACAGAAUGCACCAAAGGGGACUAUGGGGACGCGACGACUGUCAACGCGGUCCCCAGCCCCCCGAGCACAGAGCCACAAACACCCAUGGGGGCCGACAAGGAGGCAAUCUACAGGCAUCCACUGUUCCCCUUGCUGGCGUUGCUCUUUGAGAAGUGUGAGCAGUCCACCCAGAGUUCGGACUGCGUGACGUCGGCCAGCUUCGAUGUGGACAUUGAGAACUUUGUGCGCGGCCAGGAGAAGGAGGGGAAGGCCUUCUUCAGCGAAGACCCAGAACUGGACAGCCUGAUGGUGAAGGCGAUCCAGGUGUUGCGUAUCCACCUGCUGGAGCUGGAGAAGGUGAGUGACCUGUGUAAGGACUUCUGCAGCCGCUACAUCGCCUGCCUCAAGACCAAGAUGAACAGCGAGACGCUGCUCAGCGGAGAACCGGGAAGCCCUUAUUCACCCGUACCCACACAGACGUCGAGUUCCCUGACGGGCACCCUGAGCCCCCAGGGCAUCAUGGUCCCCGCCUCGGCCCUGCAGCAAGGCAACGUGACCGUGACCACCGUCAACCCCGCACAAGUGGUCGCAGGUAUGUCUUCAUGGCAUACGGCCCCCUCAGGGGGAACAGUUUAUCAGCCCGUCACCGUCGUCACGCCGCAGGGACAAGUGGUGACCCAAGCCCUUUCCCCUGGGACAAUACGCAUCCAGAACACACAGCUUCAGCUGCAGUUGAACCAGGACCUGAGCUUCUUCAGUCAGGACGAGGGCUCGUCCAAGAACAAGAGGGGCAUCCUGCCCAAGCAGGCCACCAACGUCAUGCGCUCAUGGCUCUUCCAGCACAUCGGGCAUCCGUACCCGACUGAAGAUGAGAAGAAGCAGAUUGCCACCCAGACUAACCUGACGCUGCUACAGGUCAACAACUGGUUCAUCAAUGCACGGAGGCGGAUCCUGCAGCCAAUGUUGGACGCUAGCCAAUCAGAGACGCCCAAGAGCAAGAAGAAGCCUCCUCAGAACCGGCCCCUGCAGCGCUUCUGGCCAGACUCCAUCGCCUCAGGAGUCACCCAGCAGCACCUCACAAUGGCCGACGGCACGGUGGUGGCGGUGGGCGAGGAUGGGCUGCAGACGCUGACGUCGGACGGGGCCACGCUGGCGGUACAGCAGGUGAUGCUGGGCGGCCACAGCGAGGACGACUCGGCCGGCUCCGACGACGAGGACGACGAGCACGAGCACGACGGCCACCCCGACCUGUCGGACGCCAACAUGACCAGGCUGGGCCUGGAUCACAGCGACUCACUGCAGUAGACUUUACUUACUCACUCACAAAACUCACACACACACGUACACACACACACACACACACAGUCACGCAUGUAUGGGCAUAAAUGAUAUUACACACACACACACACACACAAAAUGCCAGCCAAGACAAAAAAAAAGAAAUGCACAAGCGUGAAAUCAUAAAGACACGCACACAUAUAUAUACAUACACACACACACACACACACACACACACAAACACCCACCGCAUGUUUUAAGCGCUGUCCAUAGUACUGUAGCUCAUUUUUGGUAUUGGAGUUCCGAAAUAGACAAGAGGUCUAACAUUUUA